GGUUGCAACCCCUUGAACACCCAUCUGGAUCCGACCCUGUCUUGGCUUAUAUUUUAAACGAGUCGUAACUAAUUUGUGAUGUAUGUGAAGCAAAACUGACAUCUGGGAACGAGGAGUAAGGAAACCGCGACACUUGCGUACGACGCGUGCGUUACCAUUUUCUUUGUAUUCUAGAGUCAGGCAACCGACCGUCGUUUAUUAUUUCGGUCUUACAUUUCUAAAAGUCGAGCUGUUUUGUACUGUCCAAAGAAUCAAUGCACGAGAACUAGUACCGACGGCGGCUGCGCAGUCGGAAGAUGAGGUGAAGUGGAAGACAUUCCUGGCUUCUGUGGACAAUGACCUGAAUUUAUAUUCGAUGCUGCGUGACGCUGUGAAAAAGUGAAACAAGAGAGUGUGCUACACUUUAACUUAAACGUGUUCCUAUGCCUGGGGACAGGAGGAUGUUUACAUUUCUACAUGAUAACACCAUCUCAUUCUCAGAUGUAGAUAAAACCAACAAAUUUUGGCAGGACUUUCUAUCCAAGAAUGAGUGUAUGACGAAGGACAUCAGUGGAAAGUACAAGGAGGAUGAUAGAUGUAAUACGCUGAUCCUGUAUUUCAGCUUAGAUCGAUCCAUUCCUAAAGUUCAUUCCUUCUUGUUGUCCAAUGUUGGUCUGAAACAAUACGCGGAAGUUGAUCUCAAUGAAGAGGGCUGGACACGUAGACUGGAGUGGUGUUUAAAUAAGCUAUAUCACCCAAAAUAUAGCUUUGCCAUGUGCUUUGGGGAUGAUUGGAUAGGAGUGGGUAGGCAGGACCUUGACAAAGAGUACUGCUGGCAUCCUUUUUCUGGUACACCAGAUAUGGUUGCUGUAAAGAGACCAGAAACUACAUCUGUUGUGGUGGCUAAAACAGACGUCAUUGAAUGCAAAGAAACAAAGCAUGGUGAUCGUGAAGAACAGCUAUAUGCAGCCAUGUUGUUGACUGCUGGUACUGCAAUUUUAAAGCGUUUGGUGAACCAGCAAGAUAACAGUGGCAUUGAAACAGUGACAGUGAGGGGCCUCUUAAUACAUGGGAAAAUGACUGCAGCAUCUUCCAGCUAGAAGUCAAGUCGUUUGGCAAAGACUAUUCCAAUUGGAGUCAUUUGCGUCAUCCCUGAUGGGGCAAAGAACGAACUGAACUUACCAUGGACGUUGGACAAGCUAUGGAAACUUUCUGAAGCUGAUCAUGCCUGACUUUGGUGACACCGUGUCAGUUGUGUUGCUAUUACAUAGAAUGCAUCCAUUACCUUUGUAUAGACACGGCCUACUUUGACAGAAAAUGAUAGCUACAGAUAGUCUAUUAUCAAACACUUUCGUCUGUGAUAAUUUUGAGCACUCGCUAAAGUUGUACUGUAAGCAUUAGGUGAGAACUUUAGCUCAAAAGUAGUUGAGAACCCCAUUGUGUAUCUGUCCAAAUACAAGCCCCAAUG